AGGAAGGAGAAAGAAGAGAAGAAGCAGCAGCGGCAGCAGCAGCAGCAGAAGAACAACAACCAUCCGGCAGAAGCUGAAGCAGAAGCAGAAGCAGAAGACAGCGUCACGCACCAAAACUCGCCCCUCAGUUGCAGUCGCAGUCGCAGUCCGCAGCGAACGGUUUUCCGCAAUAUUUCCAAGAAAUUUUGCGAGUGUUUAAUAAAGACAGAGACAGAGCAACAUCUAGAGAGCGAGUAGUGGAAGUGCCAGUGCGAUAGGGAAAGAGUGCGAGGGAGCACACAAUAUUGUUAAUCGGUUAACCAUUGUAUUUUUUUCUAAGUGUAAAAAGUUUUUUUGCCUGUGUGACAAACAAAAAAGCAAAGACAAAUCCAACAAACAAUAACCAACAACCAACAACAUCUGUGAUGGGAGAUCAGCCAAAGGCGACAACAACAACCACCAGUGGGGGGGCGGCUGCAGGAGGAUCAGCAGCGGGAUCAGUAGCGACUGAGGGCGACACCGUGAUGGCCGCCGCGACCCAAGAAGCCGUGGGCAGUGCCAUUGCCAUGGCCAAUGGAAACGGCAACGGCAACGCCAACGCCAACGGACCGGAGCAUCCACCGCCGGAGUCGCAGGAGCCAGGUGGUGUCGAGGGACAGGUGGACAACGAGGUCGGUGGUGGCACUGAUGUCGGUGACGAUGCGGCCACCGAUGCCGGGGCAAGCUCUCUGCCACCGUCGGAGAUCGGUGGUCGGGCACCGCUGGAUACUGCCGGCUCGGACGGCGGCGGUGUAGCCUCCAGCCUGGCCGGUGGCAUGGUUGGUCCGCCCAGCCCCCUGACAGGAUGCUAUCUGCUGAUCGUGCUCGGGGAGCCGCAUUCCGAGGAGCACAAGGACAACAUCUUGCAGCAUCUGUUGAAGGGAUUCCUCUCCUGGGACGUAUCUGACUGCCACGUCGACUUGGAGGAGGAGCUCAAUACAAUAACACAACACGCGCCCGAGGGCGAGGAGGCCCGUCACGGUGAACGUCUCAUACAGUAUGCCAGCGAGAAUCUGGUGACAGAGGUGCUCAUCCAUCCGCAGUACAAUACGCUGAUCCAGUGCAUGCGCAAUCUGCUCAGCAGCUUCACCCGCCAUCGGCACAUCAUCCACGCCGGCUACACUUUCAGCGGCAAUGGUUCCUGGAUACUGCAGGAUGGAACCUUCUCGGUGGCCGACUUUGCCGAGGCGUUUCAGGAGCACGACGUACAAAGGGUGAUUCGCGCCUACGCGGACACCAUCACCAUGAACAUCCAUUGCGCGGAUGCGGGCCUGUGGCACACGCUGCCGGAGAAAUCAUUCGCGCGUCAAUGUAAAAUCCGCAUCAAUCCCGUGGAUGUGCUGGACACCAGCAGUGAGUGCAUCAAUGGGUUCUUGGAUUACCUAGCGCCCAUGGUGAUGCCCACGUCUCUGCGGGAGCUGCUCGAGACAUCAGAUGUGGUGGGAAACAUUCGCUUUACGCAUCCCACGCUCUAUGUGUUCCCCGGCGGUCAGGGCGAUGCGGCUCUCUUUGGGAUCAACGGCUUUAAUAUGCUCGUGGAUGGCGGCUUCAAUCGUAAGGCAUGCUUUUGGGAUUUUGCCCGCCACCUGGACCGACUGGACGCUGUGCUUAUGACGCGCCUGAACAACAGCAAUGUGCAGGGCCUUGGGGCAGUGGUCUCCCGGAAGCGGGACUCGCACGUCUACCCCCAGAUCGGCCACUUCUUCGGCAAUGUACCUGACCGCAAGGGACUGCCUAGUCCCGAUGGUGACAAGGAUCGCAAUCCGUUGCUGAUCGACCUGUUCGAGCGGGGCCAUGGCAUCGUGAGUGACCUGAAGUCACUGGAUCUGAAGCCGCAGAGCUGCUACCGCAACCAGGAGCCGAUCAACCUGUAUCACAAGGUGGGCCACGGCACACUGGACAUGUAUGUGAUCAGUCCGGCCCGUGACUCCAAGGAGGUGAAGGAGUUCAUGCAGAAGUGGAAUGCCGGCGAUCAGCGAUUGUUCUCCGCCCGCGAUUCCAAGGACUUCAACUUCCCGCUGCAAAAUCUCGUCUCCAUUUGCGCCCUGCUCGUGUGGCAGCCCGCCAACCCGGACGACACCAUCACUCGCAUCCUGUUCCCUGGCAGUACGCCUGACUUUAAGAUCCAAGAAGGCCUCGAGAAGCUCAAGCAUCUCGAGUUCAUGAAGCACUCCACGUGCACGGCCAAGUCCAUUGCUCCGGCCAUACAGACUGUCGCUAGCACUCGCAAGAGCCUCAAGUCUGCCAUCGAGGCUACGCCAGCGCCACCCAGCGCCAGCUAUAAGCCUAUUUCCAAGUUUGGACCAGUCGCCAGUGCCGCCGUUGCCGUCCAGCAUCACCAGCCGCAGCACCAGCAGCAGGACAACAAGGCCAAGGAGGAGGCUGCAAAGGCAGCAGCUGCAGCUGCAGCGGCGGCUGCUUCUGCCACUGCUGCUGCCUCGAUAGUCCGCAACAAGGCAGACUCCAUGGACACGGAUGUUGAGCCGGAGGUGGAACCAGGAGCAGACACUGGAGAUGAGGCAGCGCCUGCAGAGUCCGAGCCAGCCGAUGCCGAGGCCGAUGCGGAGCCCGAACAGGAGACUGGGGAACAGGAGAAGCCCGAGCUGGACAACAAGGAUGAGGAAAAGAAAGUGGAGACGCCAGCAGCAGCACCGUCCAAGGAUGCCGUCGAUGCCGUGGCCGUGGAGGGGGUAACGGCAAGUCCUGCAGAUGCCACAUCUACCAGCAAGCAAGCAACAGGAAAGGCAGCUAAGGGCAAGCCGGACAAACCACGCGCCGAAGUAAAGCCCGUGGUGCGCUCCAGGAUCGACACGAAGCCACCCAAGUCCAUGGACCGGAAGCUGGUGAAGCGCGAGGAGAAGAAGAGUUCACCCACGGCCACGCCCGCGUACCGUGCGAACGCCUCGCGUGAUGGCAAGUACAAGGCGAUGGCCCGCCCGGCCACCAAGUCUAGCCCCAGUAGCACCCCUGCCAAGAGCGCCAAGGAGGCCAAUAAUCGCAAGGUGCUGGAGUCCAAACAGCAGGCAGCAGCGGCGGCCGCCGGACGUCAGACAACCAUCAGUGCCACCACGCGGCGUGCCACCAGCAGCAGCAACACCACUGCCACAGCCACCGCUACCACUGAGAGGAAGACGCAGCAGAGUCAAGCAGAUUCCAAGGCGACGGCGCAAGCUUCGGCUCAACGGAAGCCAAUCUCGAGGCGACCCCGUGGGGUGUCUCCCUCGAAGCGGGCACCGGCACCAGGCAGUCCCAUCAAGCAGGCCAAGCCGAAAGCAGCGGACCUGAAAAAGGCGCGUCUUGACAAAGGUGGCACCACGGAUUCGAGUCUCGUAUCGACGCCAUCGGCCGACGAUGCGACAGCUGCCAAGAAGCUGCAAGAGCUGUCCGCCUCCCAGGAGCUCGAUGCAGAGAAGCAGCGCGAGCUGGAUGACCUUAAGGAGGAGCAGGAGGUGGUGCGCGAGAUCGAGGCGGUUUUUAGCCGGGACGAGAUGAAGCGCCAGCAGCUAAUCAAGGCCGAGCUGCGGGAAAUGGCCAAGCAGGACAGCACUACUGAGGCCGAAGAGGAGGAGGAGUACCUGAUCAUCGAGAAGGAAGAGGUGGAGCAGUACACUGAGGACUCGAUCAUCGAGCAAGAGAGCAGCAUUACAAAGGAGGAGGAGAUCCAGAAACAUCAGCGCGACUCCCAAGAGUCCGAGAAGAAGCGCAAGAAGAGCGCGGAGGAGGAGAUCGAGGCCGCCAUUGCGAAGGUGGAAGCCGCCGAACGCAAGGCCCGGCUGGAAGGCAGUGGUGCCGCCGCAGUCGUAUCAGGGAGACACGAGGAUCUGACCACAGAGGGGGAGAUCAAGGCCGAGCUGCAGGAGAUUAUCGCCUCGGCCAAGGACAUUGUCAAGUCGCGUACCGAGGAGCAACUGGCGAAGCCCGAGGAGGAGCUAUCCUCGCCAACACCCGAGGAAAAAAUCAGCAAAAAGACUUCGGACACCAAGGACGAACCCUUGGAGGCGCCCGAAGCCCUGCCAAUUAAUCUGCAGGAAAGUCUUCCAGAGGAGAAGUUCUCCGCCACCAUCGAGUCAGGUGCAACCACAGCCCCUACUCUACCCGAGGACGAGCGCAUUCCGCUGGACCAGAUAAAGGAGGACCUGGUCAUCGAGGAGAAGUACGUUAAAGAGGAAACCAAAGAAGUGGAAGCAAUCGUUGUGGCCAGAGUAAUAUUGCCCGAUACAGCUCCAGGCACAGCUGCCUCGACCGCUGCAAUCGCCGCCGCGGUGGCGCCCAAGGAUGCGAAAAACAUAGUCCAGGCUGCCGAGCUUCCCGAAUCGGGAGAUCGAGUUCUGCCCAUGAAGAUGACCUUUGAAGCGCAACAGAACCUAAUGAGGGAUGUAAUCAAGACACCCGAUGAGGUUGCCGACCUGCCCGUCCAUGAGGAGGCCGAUCUGGGCCUGUACGAGAAGGACAGCCAGGAUAUAGGCGCCAAAAGCAUUUCGCACAAGGAGGAGUCCGCCAAGGAAGAAAAGGAAACCGACGACGAAAAAGAAACCAAGGAGUCUGAAGUCGAGGUUGAAGAUUUACAGGAAGCUAACAAAGAUGUAGGGGCUGCCCAAGAAGCAGUCAAGCCCACAACCCCAACAGCUGCCGUCGUGGAGAAACAAGCGGAGGAAAUUACCCAUAAGGAGGUGGAGGAGAAAGUAGAUACAGUGGUGGUCACAGCCCAAGAGAGCCAUGAGCACGAAACGAAUUUAGAGGCAACGAUCAUCACUGAGAAAGAGGCUAAGAAGUCAGCGAGCACCCCAGAAGAAAAGGAAACCAGUGACAUUACUUCCGAAGACGAGCUCCCUGCUCAUAUGACUGGACCUGCAACCGCACCAUCGCCAAAGGCCAAGGACCGCGAGGACACUAUCUCCAUGGAGAGUCCUGCCACCAUUGAGGAAGCGGUUGAAGUGGAAGUAAAGCUCGAGAAGCAGCAAGAAAAACCACGCCUUUCCAAAAAAGAACCGGGGGAAGCUGAUGCUUCAAAACAGGAACAAGAACCAUCUCGCAGGGAGAGCGUAACGGAUAUGAAGUCUUCAAUUACAUCUAAGGAAGCCUCCCGGCCAGUUUCUGCGGCAGCAAGUAUCAAAGACGAAGCCGAAAAUCUCGCAAGCCAUCGUGAAUCGCUCGCAGAAAGCUUAAAGGCAGGAAGCAAGGAAGCUUCUCGACCAGAAUCUGUGGCAGACAGCGUCAAAGAUGAAACUGAGAAGCCAGGAAGCCGUCGAGAAUCGGUUGCGGAAAGCGUGAAAGCAGGAAGCGCAGGGGACGAGAAGUCUCCACCUGCCUCAAAGGAAGCUUCUCGACCAGAAUCCGUGGCAGAGAGCGUCAAAGAUGUAACUGAGAAGCUAGGAAGCCGUCGAGAGUCGAUUGCGGAAAGCGUAAAAGCAGGAAAAGCUAAUGACGAGAAAUCUCCACUUGCCUCCAAGGAAGCUUCUCGACCAGAAUCCGCAGCAGAGAGCUUCAAAAAUGAAACUGAGAAGCCAGAAAGCAGGCGUGAGUCGGUUGCAGAGAGCGUGAAGGCAGCAAGUGUCAAGGACGAAAAAUCACCACUUGCUUCCAAGGAAGCUUCUCGACCAGAAUCCGUUGCAGAGAGCGUCAAAGAUGAAAUCGAGAAACCAGAAAGCGGGCGUGAAUCUGUUGAAGACGGUGUGAAGGCAGGCAGUGCCAAGGACGAAAAGUCUCCAGUUGCCUCAAAGGAAGCUUCUCGACCAGAGUCGGUCGUGGAAAGCGUCAAAGAUGAAACCGAGAAACCAGAAAGCCGGCGUGAGUCGGUUGCAGAGAGCGUGAAGGCAGAAAGCGCCAAGGACGAAAAAUCUCCACUUGCUUCCAAGGAAGCUUCUCGACCAGAAUCCGUGGCAGAGAGCAUCAAAGAUGAAAUCAAGAAGCCAGAAAGCCAUCCUGAAUCUGUUGCAGACAGUGUAAAGGCAGGCAGUGCCAAGGACGAAAAGUCUCCACUUGCCUCAAAGGAAGCUUCUCGACCAGAAUCCGCAGCAGAGAGCGUCAAAGAUGAAACUGAGAAGCCAGAAAGCAGGCGUGAGUCGGUUGCAGAGAGCGUGAAGGCAGCAAGCGCCAAGGACGAAAAAUCUCCACUUGCCUCCAAUGAAGCUUCUCGACCAGAAUCCGUUGCAGAGAGCGUAAAAGAUGAAAUCGAGAAACCAGAAAGCCGUCGUGAAUCUGUUGCAGACAGUGUAAGGGCAGGAAGUGAAAAGGACGAAAAGUCUCCACUUGCCUCAAAGGAAGCUUCUCGUCCACAGUCGGUCGUGGAAAGCGUCAAAGAUGAAACUGAGAAGCCAGAAAGCCGGCGUGAGUCGGUUGCAGAAAGCGUGAAGGCAGGAAGUGCCAAGGACGAGAUGUCUCCACUUGCCUCAAAGGAAGCUUCUCGACCAGAAUCCGUAGCAGAGAGUGCAAAAGAUGAAACCGAAAAAGCAGAAAGCCCUCGUGAAUCUGUUGCAGACAGUGUAAAGGCAGGAAGUGCGAAGGACGAGAAGUCUCCACUUGCCUCAAAGGUAGCUUCUCAACCAGAAUCCGUAGCAGAGAGCGUAAAAGAUGAAACCGAAAAAGCAGAAAGCCGUCGUGAAUCUGUUGCAGACAGUGUAAAGGCAGAAAGUGCCAAGGACGAAAAAUCUCCACUUGCCUCGAAGGAAGCAUCUCGACCAGAAUCCGUGGCAGAGAGCGUCAAAGAUGAAAUCGAGAAACCAGAAAGCCGUCGUGAAUCUGCUGCAGACAGUGUAAAGGCAGGAAGUGUCAAGGACGAGAAGUCUCCACUUGCCUCAAAGGAAGCUUCUCGACCAGAAUCGGUCGUGGAAAGCGUCAAAGAUGAAGCCGAGAAGCCAGAAAGCCGGCGUGAGUCGGUUGCAGAGAGCGUGAAGGUAGGAAGUGCCAAGGACGAGAAGUCUCCACUUGCCUCAAAGGAAGCUUCUCGACCAGAAUCCGUGGCAGAGAGCGUCAAAGAUGAAAUCGAGAAACCAGAAAGCCGUCGUGAAUCUGUUGCAGACAGUGUAAAGGCAGAAAGUGCCAAGGACGAAAAAUCUCCACUUGCCUCAAAGGAAGCUUCUCGACCAGAAUCCGUGGCAGAGAGCGUCAAAGAUGAAAUCGAGAAACCAGAAAGCCGUCGUGAAUCUGUUGCAGACAGUGUAAAGGCAGGAAGUGCCAAGGACGAGAAGUCUUCACUUGCCUCAAAGGAAGCAUCUCGACCAGAAUCGGUCGUGGAAAGCGUCAAAGAUAAAGCCGAGAAGCCAGAAAGCCGGCGUGAGUCGGUUGCAGAAAGCGUGAAGGCAGCAAGUGCCAAGGACGAGAAGUCUCCACUUGCUUCCAAGGAAGCUUCUCGACCAGAAUCCGUGGCAGAGAGCGUCAAAGAUGAAAUCGAGAAACCAGAAAGCCGUCGUGAAUCUGUUGCAGACAGUGUAAAGGCAGGAAGUGCCAAGGACGAGAAGUCUCCACUUGCCUCAAAGGAAGCUUCACGACCAGAAUCGGUCGUGGAAAGCGUCAAAGAUGAAGCCGAGAAGCCAGAAAGCCGGCGUGAGUCGGUUGCAGAGAGCGUGAAGGCAGGAAGUGCCAAGGAUGAGAAGUCUCCACUUGCCUCAAAGGAAGCUUCUCGAUCAGAAUCCGUGGCAGAGAGCGUCAAAGAUGAAAUCGAGAAACCAGAAAGCCGUCGUGAAUCUGUUGCAGAAAGUGUAAAGGCAGGAAGUGCCAAGGACGAGAAGUCUCCACUUGCCUCAAAGGAAGCUUCUCGACCAGAAUCGGUCGUGGAAAGCGUCAAAGAUGAAACCGAGAAACCAGAAAGCCGGCGUGAGUCGGUUGCAGAAAGCGUGAAGGCAGGAAAUGCCAAGGACGAGAAGUCUCCACUUGCCUCAAAGGAAGCUUCUCGACCAGAAUCCGUGGCAGAGAGCGUCAAAGAUGAAAGCGAGAAACCAGAAAUCCAUCGUGAAUCUAUCGCAGAGAGCGCAAAAGUGGGAAGUGCCAAGGACGAAGUGGCUCCACUUGCCUCUAAGGAAGCUUCUCGACCAGAAUCUGUGGCAGAGAGCGUCAAAGAUGAAACGGAGAAGGGAGGAAGCCGGCGUGAGUCGGUUGCAGAAAGCGUGAAGGCAGGAAGUGCCAAGGACGAGAAGUCUCCACUUGCCUCAAAGGAAGCUUCUCGACCAGAAUCCGUGGCAGAGAGCGUCAAAGAUGAAACCGAGAAACCAGAAAUCCGUCGUGAAUCUAACGCAGAGAGCGCAAAAGUAGGAAGUGCCAAGGACGAAGUGGCUCCACUUGCCUCCAAGGAAGCUUCUCGACCAGAAUCUGUGGCAGAGAGCGUCAAAGAUGAAACCGAGAAACCAGUAAGCCGUCGUGAAUCUAUGGCAGACAGUGUAAAGGCAGGAAGUGCCAAGGACGAGAAGUCUCCACUUGCCUCAAAGGAAGCUUCUCGACCAGAAUCCGUGGCAGAGAGCGUCAAAGAUGAAACCGAGAAACUAGAAAUCCGUCGUGAAUCUAACGCAGAGAGCGCAAAAGUAGGAAGUGCCAAGGACGAAGUGGCUCCACUAGCCUCAAAGGAACCUUCUCGACCAGAAUCGGUUGUGGAAAGCGUCAAAACUGAUAGUGAAAAGCCAGAAAGCCGGCGUGAGUCGGUUGCAGAAAGCGUGAAGGCAGGAAGUGCCAAGGACGAAGUGGCUCCACUUGCCUCCAAGGAAGCUUCUCGACCAGAAUCUGUGGCAGAGAGCGUCAAAGAUGAAACCGAGAAACCAGUAAGCCGUCGUGAAUCUAUGGCAGACAGUGUAAAGGCAGGAAGUGCCAAGGACGAGAAGUCUCCACUUGCCUCAAAGGAAGCUUCUCGACCAGAAUCCGUGGCAGAGAGCGUCAAAGAUGAAACCGAGAAACUAGAAAUCCGUCGUGAAUCUAACGCAGAGAGCGCAAAAGUAGGAAGUGCCAAGGACGAAAAAUCUCCACUUGCCUCAAAGGAAGCUUCUCGACCAGAAUCCGUGGCAGAGAGCGUCAAAGAUGAAAUCGAGAAACCAGAAAGCCGUCGUGAAUCUGUUGCAGACAGUGUAAAGGCAGGAAGUGCCAAGGACGAGAAGUCUCCACUUGCCUCAAAGGAAGCUUCACGACCAGAAUCGGUCGUGGAAAGCGUCAAAGAUGAAGCCGAGAAGCCAGAAAGCCGGCGUGAGUCGGUUGCAGAGAGCGUGAAGGCAGGAAGUGCCAAGGACGAGAAGUCUCCACUUGCCUCAAAGGAAGCUUCUCGACCAGAAUCCGUGGCAGAGAGCGUCAAAGAUGAAACCGAGAAACUAGAAAUCCGUCGUGAAUCUGUCGCAGAGAGCUUAAAGGCAGCAAGCGCCAAGGACGAGAAGUCUCCACUUUCCUCAAAGGAAGCUUCUCGGCCAGAAUCGGUCCAGGACAAAGCUGACAAGCCAGAGAGCCGUCGUGAAUCAGUUGCAGAGAGCGUGAAACUAGGAAGCACCAAGGACGAGAAGUCUCCAAACGCCUCACAGGAAGCUUCUCGACCAGAAUCCGCAGCAGAGAGCCUCAAAGGCGAAACUGAGAAGCCAGAAAGCCGGCGUGAGUCGGUUGCAGACAGUGUGAAGGCAGGAAGUGCCACGGACGAGAAGUCCCCACUUGCCUCAAAGGAACCUUCUCGACCAGAAUCGGUUGUGGAAAGCGUCAAAACUGAUAGUGAAAAGCCAGAAAGCCGGCGUGAGUCGGUUGCAGACAGUGUGAAAACAGGAAGCGCCAAGGACGAGAAGUCUCCACUUGCCUCAAAGGAAGCUUCACGACAAGAAUCGGUCGUGGAAAGCGUCAAAGAUGAAGCCGAGAAGCCAGAAAGCCGGCGUGAGUCGGUUGCAGAGAGCGUGAAGGCAGGAAGUGCCAAGGACGAGAAGUCUCCACUUGCCUCAAAGGACGCUUCUCGACCAGAAUCCGUAGCAGAGAGCGUCAAAGAUGAAGCAAAGAAAACAGAAAGCCGUCGUGAAUCUGUCGCAGAGAGCUUAAAGGCAACAAGCGCCAAGGACGAGAAGUCUCCACUUUCCUCAAAGGAAGCUUCUCGGCCAGAAUCGGUCCAGGACAAAGCUGACAAGCCAGAGAGCCGUCGCGAAUCUGUUGCAGAGAGCGUAAAACUAGGAAGCACCAAGGACGAGAAGUCCCCACUUGCCUCAAUAGAAGCUUCUCGACCAGAAUCCGUAGCAGAGAGCGUCAAAGAUGUAACUGAGAAGCCGGAAAGCCGUCGUGAGUCGGCUGCAGACAGUGUUAAAGCAGGAAGUGUCAAGGACGAAAAGUCUCCAUUAGACUCCAAGGAAGCCUCUCGACCAGAAUCCGUAGCAGAAAGCGUCAAAGAUGAUUCCGAGAAAACAAAAAGCCGUCGUGAAUCUAUCGCAGAGAGCUUAAAGGCAGCAAUCGUCAAGGACGAGAAGUCUCCACUUGCCUCAAAGGAAUCUUCUCAACCAGAAUCUGUUGGGGAGAGCGCUAAAGCUGAAGCUGCAAAGCCAGAAAGCCGUCGUGAGUCGGUUGCAGAGGGCGUGAAGGCAGAAAGUUCCAAGGACGCAAAGUCUCCGCUUGCCUCCAAGGAAGCUUCUCGACCAGAAUCCGUAGCAGAGAGCGUCAAAGAUGAGCCCGACAAAACCGAAAGCCGACGUGAAUCUAUCGCCGAAAGCGUAAAAGCAGGAAGUGCCAAGGACGAAAAGUCUCCACUGGCCUCAACGGAAGCUUCUCGACCAGUAUCCGUGGCAGAGAGCGUCAAAGAUGAGUCGAUUGCAGAGAGCGUGAAGGCAAAAAGCGCCAUGGACGAAAAGUCUCCAGCUGCCUCAAAGGAAACUUCUCGACCAGAAGCCGUGGCAGAAAGCGUCAAAGAUGAACCCGACAAAACCGAAAGCCGACGUGAAUCUAUAGCCGAAAGCGUAAAAGCAGGAAGCGCCAAGGACGAGAAGUCUCCACUUGCCUCAAAGGAAGCUUCUCGACCAGAAUCGGUUGUGGAAAGCGUCAAGGAUGAAACUGAGAAGCCAGAAAGCCGUCGUGAAUCUAUCGCAGAGAGCGUAAAGGAAGGAAGCGGCAAGGACGAGAAGUCUCCACUUGCCUCAAAGGAAGCUUCUCGACCAGAAUCGGUUGUGGAAAGCGUCAAAGCUGAAAGUGAGCAGCCAGAAAGCCGGCGUGAGUCGGUUGCAGACAGUGUGAAAACAGGAAGUGCCAAGGACGAAAAGUCUCCACUUGCCCCAACGGAAGCUUCUCGACCGGUAUCCGUGGCAGAGAGCGUCAAAGAUGAAGCCGAAAAAACCGAAAGCCGACGUGAAUCUGUCGCCGAAAGCGUAAAAGCAGGAAGCGCCAAAGACGAGAAGUCUCCACUUGCCUCAAAGGAAGCUUCUCGACCAGAAUCGGUUGUGGAAAGCGUCAAGGAUGAAACUGAGAAGCCAGAAAGCCGUCGUGAAUCUAUCGCAGAGAGCGUAAAGGAAGGAAGCGGCAAGGACGAGAAGUCUCCACUGGCCUCAAAGGAAGCUUCUCGACCAGAAUCGGUUUUGGAAAGCGUCAAGGACGGAGCUGACAAGCCAGAAAGCCGUCGAGAAUCUGUUGCAGAGAGCGUAAAAGAAGGAAGCGGCAAGGACGAGAAGUCUCCACUUGCCUCAAAGGAUCCUUCUCGACCAGAAUCGGUUGUGGAAAGCGUCAAAGCUGAAAGUGAGCAGCCAGAAAGCCGGCGUGAGUCGGUUGCAGACAGUGUGAAAACAGGAAGUGCCAAGGACGAAAAGUCUCCACUUGCCCCAACGGAAGCUUCUCGACCGGUAUCCGUGGCAGAGAGCGUCAAAGAUGAAGCCGAAAAAACCGAAAGCCGACGUGAAUCUGUCGCCGAAAGCGUAAAAGCAGGAAGCGCCAAGGACGAGAAUUCUCCACUUGCCUCAAAGGAAGCUUCUCGACCAGAAUCGGUUGUGGAAAGCGUCAAGGAUGAAACUGAGAAGCCAGACAGCCGUCGCGAAUCUGUUGCAGAGAGCUUAAAAGAAGGAAGCGGCAAGGACGAGAAGUCUCCACUUGCCUCAAAGGAAGCUUCUCGACCAGAAUCGGUUGUGGAAAGCGUCAAGGAUGAAACUGAGAAGCCAAAAAGCCGUCGUGAAUCUAUCGCAGAGAGCGUAAAAGAAGGAAGCGCCAAGGACGAGAAGUCUCCACUUGCCUCAAAGGAAGCUUCUCGACCAGAAUCGGUUGUGGAAAGCAUCAAGGACGAAGCUGACAAGCCAGAAGGCCGUCGUGAAUCUCUUGCAGAGAGCGUAAAAUUAGGAAGCGCCAAGGACGAGAAGUCCCCACUUUCCUCAAAGGAAGCUUCUCGACCAGAAUCCGUAGCAGAGAGCGUCAAAGAUGAAACCGAGAAACCAGUAAGCCGUCGUGAAUCUAUCGCAGAAAGCGUAAAAGAAGGAAGCGCCAAGGACGAGAAGUCUCCACUUGUCUCAAAGGAAGCUUCUCGACCAGAAUCGGUUGUGGAAAGCAUCAAGGACGAAGCUGACAAGCCAGAAGGCCGUCGUGAAUCUCUUGCAGAGAGCGUAAAAUUAGGAAGCGCCAAGGACGAGAAGUCCCCACUUGCCUCAAAGGAAGCUUCUCGACCAGAAUCCGUAGCAGAGAGCGUCAAAGAUGAAACCGAGAAACCAGUAAGCCGUCGUGAAUCUAUCGCAGAGAGCGUAAAAGAAGGAAGCGCCAAGGACGAGAAGUCUCCACUUGCCUCAAAGGAAGCUUCUCGACCAGAAUCGGUUGUGGAAAGUGUCAAAGCUGACGCUGAAGUGGUAGAAACUGUAGUGGACGAGUCGAAGGAGGCAUCUAGACGGCAAUCAGCAGUUGAGAAGUCUGCAGGUUCUUCAAAGGAAGCUUCACCAAGGCCUGGAUCUGUUGCAGAAAGAAUUCCUGAUCAUCACGAAAAGGCCAAAAAGUCAUCCGUAUCGCCUAGGGAAACGGUCUCUUCGCCAAUUGAAGAAGCGCAAAAAGAGUUUCCAGAAAUCGAUCUCAUAAAAAAAGCUCACCUAACGCUAAGCCUGCAAGGGGAGGCGGCUGGCAAGCUUCCUACAGAAUCUAGCCCCGUGGACGUUGCCCAGGGCGACUUUUCACAUGUUGUUCCACCCACUUCAACGGGACCAGACGCGCUCACUCAACCGGCAGAACACUCAACAGUUUCCAUCGCAGAAACUGUCUCGUCUCCUGUUGAUGAAGCGCCGAGAUCUCCUUCUAUCGUUAAGCAUGUGUCGCCGCGACCAGAUUCUCCUGCAGAAAGUGUCAUAGGAGGGAGUGUUAAGGAAGAUAAGUCUCCCAUCCAAUCUAAGGAGCCCUCGCGUCCACCAUCUGCCUCCGGAAGUCUGAAAGAAGACUCUACGAAACCAGAAAGCUUGAUAGCGGACAAGUCAAAGGAACCGUCUCCAGUUCCUUCAAAGGAAACAUCCCGACCGGAUUCGGUUGCUGGAACUGCAUCAUCUCCAAUUGAGGAGGCACCAAAGGAUCUCGCACAAUUCGAACAAGCUAAAAAAACAGUGCUGCCCUUGAUCAUUGAUUUGCAGGGAAAUGUCCAAACGGCAUCUAGUCCUGUCGACAUUGCUCAUGGAGACUUUCCUCCCGCAGCAACUAGCUCCCCAACACAACAGUCUGCCCCUCCGAAGCCCGCUGAGCUUGCUCAAGUUGGUAUAGAGAAGACUGUAUCGAGUCCUGUUGAUGAAGCCCCCAGUUCCCCUUUUUGUAAGGAAUUGGAGCGGCCAGAAUCUCCUGCAGAAGACGGUAGUGAUGGGGUCAAGUCAGGGGAACUAUCACGUCGCGAAUCAACCGCAGAAACUAGUAAGCCUGAAAGUGCGAAGUUAACCUCAUCUAAGGAGUCUCGACCAGAGUCCGUUGUAGAGAGCGUCAAAGACGAUGCUGAGAAUCGCGAGAGCGUACCUGAUGACAAAUCAAAGGAGGCAUCGCGUCGUGAAUCCCAGGCUGAGAGUAAAAAGAGUAGCGCAUCUCCUACCGCUGUCUCUAAGGAAACAUCGCGACCGGACUCAGCCGUCGAUGGUGCCACGAUUUCUAGCCCCAAGCCUGAAAGUACAACAGACGACAAGUCACUAGAGGCUUCCCGGCGCGAAUCGGUAGCCGAAAUCGUUAAGCCGGAAAGUACAAAAAACGACGACAAGUCGUCUGCUCUAUCAAAGGAGGUAUCGCGACCCGCAUUGGCUACCGGAAGCGUUAAGGAUGAGAAGUCGUCUUCCGUUGCCUCAAGGGACGCGUCACGGCCAGAGUCGGCUAUAGAAACAGCUUCGUCCCCGAUCGAAGAGGGCCCAAAAUCCAUCGCUGACUUGGGUCUUGAGUUGAGCCAAAGCACAACCGAAGUGAAAGGAAAGCUACCGACCCUGUCUAGUCCUGUCGAUGUAGCCGAUGGAGACUUCUCGAAGGCCCAGCUGGAUACUUCCAGUGGAUCUAAUGCAAUGUCAAAGCCCGCUGAGCUCUCCCAGGCCGCUGCUACAGCGCACACGGCCUCAAGCCCUGUGGAUGAGGCUUCCCCACUACUGGAAGCCCUCGAAGAAACCAUUGAAACAGUAGAAAAGCAUAUCACUCAAGCAGAAAGUUACCCAGGAAGCGCUGGGCUGAUUGAUUUGUUGGAUCUCAAGGACACCAAGGUGGAAGUGGAUGAGAAACUUGUGGAGCAGACGUUGGAACAGAACAGCGCGACCAGCGUGAAGACUAUUGAGAGCACAGUUGUGGAGACCGUUGACAACGUUAGCAAGGAGAGCAGCCCUCAGCUGACAGAGCUACAGUCUGUGGUGGACACCAAAGUGAGUGCUGUGACCUCUUUGAUCAACGCUGCUGUCGGGACUGCUGGGGCAAUGCUCACAGAGGUCUCAGAGAAAGUCACGGAGGUCUCAAAAAAAGUCACUGACGUCUCAGAGAAGGCGAUAACCGAGCUGGUCACCAAAACUACCACAGAAGGUGUCGUCGAAGUUGAGGACGCUUCUGCCAAGGGCAGCCUAGACCUCAGUGGCUUCUCUGAGCUACGAGAGACGCACAUCACCACCGUCGGAUCGCCCGAGUUCACAGUGACCAUCUGUGAGCGCGAUGAGCCCGUCCUUCACGACAUCAAGGAAGAGGAUGAGGAGCACAGGUUCUCACCACCAACCGAAAAGACUGCGAUGCUGCCACCACAGCCCGUGCGUCCGCUGUCGCCGCGCGAGGAGGAGGUCUUCAAGAUCGUGGCUGACGUGGCAAAGGUGUUGAAGUCCGACAAGGACAUUACUGACAUCAUACCCGACUUUGAUGAGAAGGAGCUGGAGGAGAAGUUAAAGUCUGCUGAUCCCGAUGAGGAGGAGUCCGACAAAAGCCCUAAGACAGCCUCCACACCCACUAAAGAGUCCCUGGAGAUCAAUGUGAUAAAGGUGGACAUAGAAUCCGAAAAGUCCUCACCUGACCAGAAGUCCGGUCCCAUCUCCAUUGAAGAAAAGGACAAAAUCGAGCAGUCCGAAAAGGCCCAGCUGCGGGAGGGAGCAGAUAGAGCAGCCAGUAAGGACCAGAGCCGUCCAGAAUCUGCAGCCAGCCAAAAGGGAGCCACGGAAUCAAUUCCUUCACGCCCCGAGUCCGUUGCAAGUCACAAGAGCCAUGCGAAGGAGGAAGAGGUGCAGCACCAGCAGGAUCAGGAUAAGUCUCAGGUCGCAUCGAAGGAGACGUCGCGUCCUGCUUCACAGCUCAGCAGCAUAGCCGAACCAGUGGAUGAGAAGUCUCCAACUCCGGCUAGGCGUGAGAGCCACCAGAGUGACAAGGAAGAAACCAAAGAGGCAUCGCAUCCCGAAUCCGUGGCAAGUCACAUCAGCGACAAGGAAGUCAAGGAGACCGAAUCCUCGCGUCCCCCCUCUAGCAGUAGCCACAUAAGCGCCAAAGACGAGGAGACGUCGAUUAUCUCAACAACAAUCGAGACCAAGGAGGAAAAGAAGGAGGAGAAGUCCAGCGAAUCGGUGUCCGUGUCCAAGUCCAGCCAGAGGCUUCUAAAGGAGGAGUCUGCCACCCUCCAGUCGAGCGAGUCCCUCAGCAGCAGCUUGAAGGUAGAAGAUGGCUCCCGAUGCGAGUCUCUCUCCAGCCUGGUCACAGAGAAGGCGGACACCAGCACCAGUAUCAAGGAGGACAAUGAGAGCGAGAGCCUUAUCAAACUGGUGGAGAAGACAAGCUCCACAGCCUCUUCGAUGCUGGAGGAGCUGCUCAUCCAGUCCGAAGAGUGUUCCUCAGAGUCCAUUGUUAGCGAGAUCCAGACAACCAGCGCCCAGAAGACCCAGUCCAAGGCAACGAAGGAGGAGACCCACGAAAGCAGCGCAAUCAGCAGCAGCUGCACCAGAGAUGAAAGUCUCAAGGAGACCGUGGCCGAGUUUCUGGCCACGGAGAAGAUCGUCUCGGCCAAGGAAACAUUCAGUGCCGAGGCUUCCAAGACGGCGGAGGAGUGCCUGAGGAAGGCCACCACCAGCAGCACUACCUCCUCCCAGAGGACACUUUUCGUCGGCACGGAUGAAUCGAGGCGCGAGUCAGUGCUAAGCCACACAAGCGAUGGUCGCCAGACCCACAGCGAUCCAGAGGAAGAGGACAUUGACGGCGACGAAGAGGAGGAGCGGACCAGCGUGAAGGAGGGACGCUCCAAGUCCAUUGCCACCAUCAUGAUGACUAGCAUCUACAAGCCCUUCGGGGAUGUCGAGUCGAUUGACACACUCGAGGAGCAGGAGGAGGACCACCACGAGCAACAGCACUCUAGCAAAUCUCAGGAUUUGACAACCACUACCAAGACAACUACUCUACUGAAAUCCAGCGACCAGCAGAGCAGUAGCACAACCAGCACCCAGCAAUCUAGCACCUUCUCGAAGACUGCCUCCAAGGUAGAGUCCAUCACUUUGACGCAGAUCGACCAGGCAGAGGGGCAGAGUGACCCCGUUGACCGCAAGACGCCGCCGACGGCACCCGUUAGUCCCAGCGUAAAGCCGACGGGCUCUUCAGGAGGAGCUGUUGUGGGCAGCAGCAUCGCUUCAACCUCGGGUCCCCUAUCUCCCAAGGAUAUCAGCGGCAAAUCGAGUCCCGGCGGCCUCACCUCUGAGAGUCAGUCCAUACCCACACCGUUGGGACGGGAGUCUCACACUGAGACGCCCGAGUCGUCCCCGAAGCCAACGUCGCCGUUCCCGCGCGUCAGCAAGGACGAUCUAAAGCAGAUGUCCCUGGAGGCAGACCAGGGAGAUGUCGAAGCCGAUCUACCCGAUCUGCACGAGCUGCGUGGCAUCGAGUGCACCACGGCGCUGAGCGGCAGCACGGAAAAGAUCAUUACUACGACAAUCACCACGGUCACCAAGGUGAUCUCCUCGGACGGCAAGGAGAUAGUCACCGAGCAGAAGACGGUGACGACUACGGACAGCUCAGAGCCGGACAGCGAGAAGGUGGUCGUAACCACCACCCGCACCACCAGUGAGAGCGAGAAGAGCGACCGCGACCAGAUCCUGCCUAAGGAGGUGGCCCUGCUCCGGGGCGCCAGCUACCGUUCCAGCACUCCGGGUAGCGAGGACGAUGAUGAACUGCCCGGUUCGCCCAGAAGUGCCACAAGCUAUGAACUGCAGCACUCGAGCUCUGGCGUGAGCAAGCGGUCCGACAUGGAUGCCGACGACAGCCAGGAUGACAUUCCGCCGCAAUACGGCAGCGAGGAGCAUUCGACGGCCCGCUCGAUUCUUCUGCCGCGUACGGCCGAUCCCAUGGCCACCUCGUUCUAUGGUGCGCUGCCAGACACCUUCGAUGUGAAGCCCAGCAGCACCGAGCCGAUACCCAUCCAGGGAGCAGCCGCUGGGGCGCCAGGCGAUAGCCAAUCGUCGGACAGUGUGGAGAGCAGCAGCCAGACCUGGGCAGGACACAAAUUCCUCGACCAGGCGGACAAAGACUUCCAGAAGGCGCUCGAGGAGCAUGUGCAGGCGCGCGGCGCCGAGGUAAUGUCUUCCGUCACCGCCAAGUACUCCUACUCUCCGUCAAAGGCCGACGAGGUCGAACAGAUUGUCACUAGCACCGCAGAACGCCAGCGGUUCCCACUCAGCGAUGUCCAGCGAUUGCGUAUCGCCGAGAGCAGCUUCAGUUCAGUGGGAGACAGUCAGACUAAAACCACAGCCACAACCACAGAAAAAUCAUCACACGAAAAGAAGGAGGGAGAUGGAGAAGCCGUAACCACAUCUACAAACACAACCACGACCACAAUGAAAAGCAGCAGCACCAGUGGCGGCUCUGGAACCCUGCCCAAGGAUCCCAAGGAUCGCCUGGAAGAGUGGGGCAAGCCACUGGGACUACCCUCACCCGCACCACUGCCCGUCGAGGGCGGCUCCGAUAUCCGCACCACACCUAAAAAGGAGCGUCGUCUGGUCGCCACCAAGACGCGCCUUAACAACGAGAAGAACCUCCGCAAGCGCAGCGAAUCGCCGAACAAGGUCAGCAAGAAGCCGGCCCCAGUUUACGUGGAUCUAACCUAUGUCCCCCACAACGGCAACUCAUACUACGCCCACGUGGAAUUCUUUAAGCGCGUCCGUGCACGCUACUAUGUCUUCUCGGGCACUGAGCCCAGCCGUCAGGUUUACGACGCUCUUUUGGAGGCAAAACAGACCUGGGAAGACAAAGAGCUGGAGGUGACCAUCAUCCCCACAUACGACACCGAUGUGCUUGGCUACUGGGUGGCUGAGAACGAGGAGCUGCUGGCCAAGCAUCGCAUUGAUCUCUCGCCAUCCGCUUCCCGCUGCACAAUCAAUUUGCAGGAUCAUGAGACCUCGUGCUCUGCCUAUCGCCUGGAGUUCUAGGCCACGGGCUUGUUUAUUGCAUUCGACGAUGACUAAAACAGAAACCAAUAAACCAACUAACCAAUCACAAAUCACUUUUCAAACACUCUAAACACGGACGGAGGAUCGUAGCCCUUGUAUUCCCUAAAUAUUUAAUGAUAAUGCGGGGGAUCGGGAUCGGACCUCUGAUAGCAGUACAUACUUGGACACAGGACAUGACAAGGACGACUAACACACCAGAAUCAGAACCAGAACAACGAAUAGCAGCGGAUAAAAAACUAAAACACUCUCGAAUGCAAUAUGGCAAGUUUCGUGCGCAAGGGAACCGGUAACCGGAAAUAAGUAGCAGGAGCUAAUAUGGCGGAGUAACGGGUCACAUGCAUGACGCCAUUUUGUUUGCCAAUGCCGUCUAUUAAGCUUUUGCCGAAACAUAUUUCAACCCCAAAGACAACAAAAUAAAGCUAAGUAAUUAAUUGAUAUAUAUUUUGAAAAAAUUAAUUACAAACAAAAAUAAUAAAUCAAUCAAGCACCAAUUGCGCAACGUAAGCAGAGAUCAAUAAGAUCCAAUAAAGAACUACUUAUAAGACGAGAAAUUCGAAUGAUAAAUGAUGAUUAUUUGUUGCUUAUUCAUUGUAUAACGUCGAGCUACCUUGCCUAGUAAUCCAAAGAUCAAAAUAGUUUUCAAAACCGCAUAGUAAAAAUAUACAAAAAAAAGAAAACAAACAACAGAAAAAAGAAAGAAAAGAACAGAAAAAAAAACGUAAAAUCUCUAUAUUAAAGAAAAGAUAUUCAUGUUUAUUGUAUUAGUCGAAACUUUUACGAAUUCCCCGAUAUAAAUAUAGCAGCCCCAUUAUGCAGGUAUUAUGAAUUUUAAAGCAAGGUGAAUAAUGAAACUAUAAAUGUACUUGUAUAACCCAUUAAAUGACAAAAAGAAUGAGAAAGAGCUACUAUAUAGCAUUAAUCUAAUAUUGUAAGAGCGAUUGCCGAUGUACUACGAAGCACAUGCUGAAAGGAAGGGUAUCCAAUACGAACGAAUACGAAUAUCUAAUCAAAAGCUUUGGGAUAGCAAGCGAUUACCCUCUCAAACCCUCAAAACUGAUCCGAGAUCUGAGAUCCUUUGUCCUUGCUGAAUGUGCCUCCCCCAGAAAAAAUGCAGAGAUACUCCAACUCCAAAAUCUAAAAUCCGAAGUCAUUACUGUAGUCAAUUUUCACUUCUAUCGUUUUCCUUCGGUUUCUUUUCUGUUUUCGUUUAUUAUUUUAUUUAAGGCAACCGCAGAAAGACUUAUAAUCCAACAAGCUAUAGCUAAACGAUAUACGUACACUUCGAUAUAGUAGAGGGAGGGAAACUGAAGUGCAGAAACUAGAGUCUGGAAUGGUCGGGGAUCGGGAAUGGGAUUGGGGACAGAGUCUGAAUGUUUUAGCUAGGAAACUGAAAGUCUUGAAUAGAUGUUUAAGGAGGGAAAAGGAUGGAAAAGGGAAAGGAAAAUGAUUCGAUUGCUGAUCAUAGUGAUGGUGAUAAACGUUGACGAUUACGAUGACAAAAGACGGAAGACGAUAAUGUUAAUGCUGAUGUUACUAUAUAGGGACUACGAAGGAAUGAUUCAUCGACUGGUAUUGAGAAUUGGGAGCGUCAGAGUGUGAGACUAAGAACUUGAACUGGAAAAGGGCUUGUGAUUGGGGUGGGUUGGGUUUAGAUUUGUGGUCGAAUGAUGAGACAGAUACUGUGAAAGGGAUAAAAGAGCAGAUGAAAAGACGAAAAGAUGUUGACAUGAUCAAAGAAAACUAAAUACGAAUAAAUAAUAUGAAGUACACAAAGUGAAUGAAGGUUAUUUUUCUAUAUUUUUUUUACUUUUUCAUAGUCAUAGAAUAACAAAUUUGCAAACAAAACAAAGUAAUAUUGCAAUGCAAGCAAAAAUAAACAAACAAACAGAUAAACAAACAAGGCACACUACUGGAAAAUUUUAAUCAAUUUAUGUAACCACAGAAGUAAGCAAUUUGAGGCCACAGCAGUAAACACAGUCCAAGGAACAAAAGAACAUUAAGACAAACUAAAGUAACUUAAAAUAAAUACUCCAUUACUCAAGAAAGACAUUUAGCUUGAACCAAACAAUUGAAAUUGAAUAUUGAUAUUGAUACGAUAUAAUAAUAUCUGACGACAGGCAGACUUUUGGGCUAUAUACGUCGUAUAUUUUUGCGUUGCUUCUUAUACAGAAAUAAGCUACAGAUACAGUAGCUACAGAUCCGAUAACUUCAAGAAGAGAUGCAACAGUGCAACAGAGUCAACAAACAAACAAACAACAGUCAACUGGCAACCGUCCAGUCUACAAACGUUUGAUAAGGAACAAAAACAAAGCAAAAUUUAAGUGAGAAAAUUAUACACACAAUCGUAGAGCUAAGGAGAUGAGAAGGAGGCGCAGACAGACACAAGGCUUAUAGGAGGAGCGUCCUCCUACCAGCAGAUAGAUACGAUUUCGAGAGUUUAUCCGACAUAUUCCCUGAGUUCCGUAUUUAGCCGCUUCGAGGAUUUUAAAUUUAAAGUGUAACCACAACAAACAAAAAAAAAACAAAAAAAUGAGUAAAAGGAGUAAGAGUAGACGAUUUAUUAAUAAUUUUUUCCAAAAAUUCGUGCGCUAAGCGAAACAAAACCAAAAAAAAUAGGGAAAUUAAAGAAAACCCCAAAGUAAAAAAGCUAAAAAUUGAUCAAAAAACAAAAAAAAAAUACAGAUACUCACACAUGAUAUUUAAAAUGCAUAUAUGCAUAGACAUGAACUAUAUACAACACUAUAUAUAUAAUAUAUAUACAUACAUAUAUAUACAUAUAUAAUUGAGCGUAUUUGAUGUUUUUGCUUGAACAAAUUAUAUGGAAACUCUUCUCAAAAGCCAGAAGACAUUUUUUGCCUUUCACUAAACGAAUUUCCCCAAAACCAAAAACAAAAAUGAACACAAUUAUAAGACAUAUGUACUCGUCUGUGAGUGUUGUUAAACUUACGGGAACUUACGUAUUGUAUUUUCCCAUCCCCGCCCCCCUCUAAUUGUUUGCGAUUUGUUUGGUAGAAUCCGAUAAGAUCAGAUAUAUACGCAGACGCGCGCACUUUGCACCCCAUUGUAUCCCCCCAUUGCCUUAUAUCCAAAGAGAGAACAAACAGAACAGAAUACAGAGAUUUGUAUCUGAAUCAUAUACGUUAUACCUUAUACUACAUACAAUAUACUCGUAUUGUAAAUGUAAGAACCCCAAUGUGUAUCGCAUAUAUGAUAUGAUAUGAUAUGUACUCGUCGUAUGACCUAACACGGGAGUUUGUUUGUUGAAUUUGCUUUUACUUUUUAGCAGCUUCGAUUUAAAUCAAAUAUACAUACUAAAUAUACACACACACAGACACACACCCAUACAUAGGUCUACACACACACACACACACAUACAUGCAUUGCUUAAGUGUGCGUGCGUGCGUGUUUGCGUGUGUAGAAUUGUGUAUAAGACCUCUAUAUAAUCAUUAUACUACGAGUAGUAAAAGCGAUAAAGGGCAUGCAGGAAAAGCAGAACAGCAAAGCAGUACUUCCCGUAUACUCAAAUGUAUAGCUUUAUCUAAAGCUAUAUAACCAGAUGCUGCUAAAAAAGAGAGAUCGAUGGAGAGAGAGAGAAAACAAGAGAAGAGUAGAGAUGGCAGCAGGAACGAGUCUAAGGCAUAAAGUCAGAGGAGAGCUGAAGAAGAAUGAGAAAAGAGCAAGCACAAAAGUGGAUUCGAUUCAUGGGUGGAGAGGUUAGCCAGAAAAAAACAAACAAAUCGAUAUAUAUAUAUAUUAAUAUAUGUAUUGUAUAUGUAUUACAUUUUAUGAACGUCAAAGUAAUGCUUACUCCAGAACUAUUUCCAAAAAAACCAAAAAAAAAAAAACAAUCUGAAAAUUAUAAUAAACGUAUUUAUGUGAAAA